AUGGAAGAAAGAGUGAAGCCACACUUCCUUCAAGGCCUUGCUUUUGGGAAUGCUAAUGCAGAAUGUCGAUGUAUCAUCAGUGCCUUGCCAGGAUAUCCAGCAACUGAAGAAAUGAUAGAGGCCUGCAGUAAGAUAAGCACUCCACGUGUUGCAACUGUUACAGUGGAAGAAUUUGAAAAGUUACUUGAAGAACAACGAGAAGGAUUUAAGAAAAUUACAGAUGACCCUAUUUGGGUGGAUCAGUGGCCCUUGGAAGAAGAGAAACUGAGUGCCCUUGAGAAGUUAGUCCAAGAACAGUUGCAGAAAGGCCAUAUUAAGCCAACUACUAGUCCCUGGAAUUCCCCAGUUUUUGUGAUUCAUAAAAAAUCUUCAGGUUCGUGGAGACUGAUUCAUGAUCUCAGAAGAAUCAACAAGGUCAUUGAAGAAAUGGGACCCCUUCAACUCAGACUUCCAUCACUUUUGAUGAUCCCAAGAUAUUGGCCAGUCAUGAUCUUCGACCUCAAGGAUUGUUUUUUUAACAUUCCACUUCAUCUGAAAGAUGCUCCUCCAUUUGCUUUUUCAGUUCCAAGUAUCAACAGAAUGAAACCUCUACAGAGAUAUCACUGGGUGGUGCUACCCCAAGGUCUCCACAGUUCUCCAAAAAUUUUCCAAUGGUUCAUAGCGCGAGCCUUGUCUGCAGUGAAGGAAAAACAUCCAAAGGCAUUGAUCAUUCAUUUUAUGGAUGAUCUGCUCAUCGCAGCUGCAACACAGCAGGAAUUGGAGAAGACUCGCAACAGCAUGUUUGCAGAAAUUCAAAAAGCAGGAUUAGAAAUUUCAAUUUCAAAAAUUCAAGAAAUUUAG